AUGUCUGCCGAUGAAUGGAUUUCCGCUAAAUGCCUGGCGAAAUAUACAUACCCACAGAUCGUUCGUAGAGAUGUCACUUGUGCCCUGAAAGCAUUUAAGGAAUUACGUCCCAAGUUCGAAGAUUUCAUCCAAAAUGAUGGAACUUCCCGGAGACUCGUUAGCUUAGACGGCACUAUUCCUGUCAGGUAUAUGGGUUCAACUUACAAUAUACCGAUUGCAAUAUUUCUGUUCGAAGCUUAUCCACACAAGUCUCCUAUGGUUUAUGUGAGGCCCACAAAUACUAUGCAGAUAAAGCCGAGUGAUUUCGUUGACAGUGCUGGUCUUGUUCAACUGCCGUACAUGACAGACUGGAAACAUCCAGAUGCAGAUCUAGUUGAAUUAAUAUCAGUAUUACAGGCUGUGUUUGGUGAGACAUCUCCAGUGUUUUCUAAAUCUGCUCCCAUCACAAAACGGCAAAGUUUAAAUCCUCCGUCAAAUCCCCAAUGCAUUGGUUCAAUUCCUUAUCCAGGUUCUUUAUCACAACCUCCUAUUCCUGUCAUACCCAAUGGGCAAACUUCUAAUGUGUAUCUACCCCAGCUUGGUACCGGAUGGCAGAUACCCGGUUCUGUACCCGUACUUCCCAAUAUACCUAUGCCUCAGUUGCCCAAUUUUGCCAAUCCUUUUACUCAAGCGGCAACUUCAAAUAUAUAUUCUAUGCCAGGUCAAAAUAUUCCAAUGCCAGUAUGCCCGGAUGCAUCUGCUACAUCCAAUAUGCCAUAUAAUAUCAACACAUUAAACGAAGAACAAUUACGAUUAUCCGUAUUAACUGCUGUGGUUGAUCAAGUUCGUCGUGUACAAAAAGAAUUAAUCUAUCAACAUCAAGACGAUUUACAAGCAAUACGUCAAACUCAAACUGGCCUAUUUAGUGGUGGUCAAAAAAUUCAAGAAAUGAUUAAUAAGAUGCAACAAGAAAAAGAUCGAGUUUGUACAGAAAUGGAAUCAGUCAAGAGAAAAAUUAAAGAUUUAGAAGUGACUUCAGAGAAACUGCGCAAAUCUGACUCAAAUUUCAUAAUUGAUGAAGUAUUCGAUACAACUGCUCCAUUAUAUCGUCAAUUAGUUGUUUCAUUCGCUGAAGAACAAGCUAUAGAAGAUGCAAUUUAUUAUUUGGGCGAAGCAGUGGGUAAAAAUGUGUUCGAUGUGGAAGUUUAUUUAAAAAAAGUACGCGAAUUGUCUCGUCGACAGUUCAUGUUGCGAGCUACUGUUCAAAAAUGUCGUCAGAAGGCAGGUCUACCACUUCUGUAA